AAAGGCGAAGAGAUAUUUACAAUUCGCCUCUUCGAGAAACAACGCGACAGCCAACGCCCCCUCCUUCCUCGUUCCCCCCUUUUGAGAGACGAUCGCCCUCGACACCGAAACCGCGUGGAGGUCGAUCCUGGCCCCUUCUCCUUCGGUUUCCUUCAAGAUCCGGGUUCUUCAAUCCUCCUGAACGGCCUUUCCCGCCGCGUCCUCCUCUCGUUUGGAUUUGCCGCCGCCUCUGACUCCGACUACGCCUCCGCCUCCGCCUCCACCGUCGCACGAGUAGAGGCCUGGCGGCCUGCAUUUGAAGUUUCCCCGCCUCGCCGCUGCCGUACCGGAUCAGAGGAGUCUUCGUGAUUUGGUCAACUCUAGGGUUGGAUCUGCCGUUUAGGACCGGCCCUCGUCUAGAGGGAAUAUCUCUUUCAUCGUGUCCAUGGGUAGUUCUUCUGAAAUGGGCAAUGCACCUCCACCUAUCUCAACACAGUAUGGCAUAACCAAACCAAUCUCGACCGCUGGACCUACUGAAGCUGAUCUCAAGAGGACUGCUGAACUUGAAAGACUCUUGGUUGAUGCUGGACUGUAUGAGAGCAAGGAAGAAUCUACCAAGAGAGAGGAAGUAUUAGAAGAAUUAGAUAAGAUUGUCAAAAAUUGGGUGAAACAAUUAACACGACAAAGGGGAUAUUCUGAUCAAAUGGUUGAAGAAGCAAAUGCUGUCAUCUUCACAUUUGGAUCUUACAGAUUGGGGGUUAAUGGACCUGGAGCUGAUGUUGACACUUUAUGUGUUGGACCUUCCUAUGUUAACCGAGAGGAGGAUUUCUUUAUUAUUCUCCAUGAUCUAUUGGCUGAAAUGGAGGAAGUCUCUGAACUACAUCCAGUUCCUGAUGCUCAUGUUCCAGUUCUUAAAUUUAAGUUCCUGGGAAUAUCCAUCGAUUUACUCUAUGCCAGUAUAUCACAGUUAGUUGUUCCACUGGAUCUUGACAUAUCACACGGGUCUGUGCUUUAUAAUAUUGAUGAGGCAACUGUAAGAAGUCUUAAUGGCUGCCGAGUAGCAGACCAAAUUCUCCGUCUGGUGCCAAAUGUUGCAAAUUUCCGGACUACUCUCAGAUGCUUGAAGUUCUGGGCGAAGAGGCGUGGUGUUUAUUCAAAUGUCACUGGAUUUCUUGGAGGUGUUAACUGGGCACUGUUGGUUGCUCGAAUCUGCCAACUGUACCCUAAUGCUGUGCCCAGUAUGCUAAUCUCACGAUUUUUCAGAGUCUAUACACAAUGGAGGUGGCCGAAUCCAGUCAUGUUGUGUGCUAUUGAGGAAGAUGAGCUUGGCUUUCCAGUUUGGGAUCCACGUAGGAACCCACGAGAUCGGACUCACCACAUGCCUAUUAUUACACCGGCAUAUCCAUGCAUGAACUCUAGCUACAACGUAUCAACAAGCACAUUGAGGGUCAUGAUGGAACAGUUUCAAAUAGGCAACAAGAUCUGUGAGGAAAUUGAGCUGAAUAAGACUAGCUGGAAUGCACUGUUUGAGCCUUACCUUUUCUUUGAGACAUACAAAAAUUAUCUCCAGGUUGACAUUGUUGCUGCCGAUGCUGAAGAUCUAAGGCUGUGGAAGGGUUGGGUAGAAUCUCGUCUUAGGCAGUUGACACUGAAGAUUGAGCGUGACACCUAUGGUAUGCUGCAGUGCCAUCCAUACCCCAAUGAGUAUGUUGAUCCAUCCAAACAGUGUUAUCAUUGUGCUUUCUUCAUGGGAUUGCAAAGGAAGCAAGGGGUUAAGGUACAGGAAGGCCAACAAUUUGAUAUCCGGGGUACUGUUGAUGAGUUCAGGCAUGAAGUGAACAUGUAUAUGUUCUGGAAACCUGGGAUGGAAAUAUACGUAUCUCAUGUACGAAGGAAGCAAGUGCCUUCUUAUGUGUUUCCUGAUGGUUAUAAGAGACCCGUUCCAUCAAGGCUAAUGUUCCAGCACUCUGUUGAUAGAGCUACAAGUGAAAAUAUUGGCGAGGAGUGCCAAGGUGGAUCCUCAGAGCAGCGCCUUAAGAGGAAAGCUGAUGCUGAUUGCUUUGGUGCUAUUUCAAAUAAACGUGCAUCAGUUAGCCCAGAUAAGGAGAAGCCACUAACAUUGUAUCAACAGGAUCCUGUGGGCAUAGCUGAGAAUCAUAAUCAUAAUCAGAGUAGAAUAGAUGCCCAAGGUGAAUACACUUGUAAACAGAUUGGUGAUGAUUCUGCACAGAGGCAGCCUAAGAUGAAAACUGAAACUAGUAGCUUUCAUCCUAGAUUGAGAAAAAGGGCGUCAAGUAGUCCAAAUCAUAACCACGAUAAAGCAAUGGAUGGAAAAGAUCAUGUAGUACCCGAUAAAGGGAGUCAGAAUGAUAGUACAUUAGGUUACCAGGAGGAAUCUGUUGGUCCAGGCAGGCAAUUGGAGCAAUCAAAGAAUGUAGAUGAUAGCGGAAUAUUGCAAGAUGGGAGACGGGUUACAGGCAUAGGGAUGGACCAGAUUGAAAAUGAAUCAGCACAAGAUGGCAUGGCAGAUGAAUUGGAGCCCAACAAGGCAGUUGGAGUGGCACUUAAAUCUCAUGGAGUGACUGCCGAUGCUUCCCAGAAGUCUGCACUGAGGCAUGCAUAUCUCAACCCUAGAUGUGAUUUGGGAAGUGUUAAUAUCUGUUUUCUUUAUACUGUCUUGCCUCGUAUUGUUUUACUACUUCUGUCGCAGGUUGAGUCUGACAACAGCGGAAGUUUCAGGAUGAGCAAUCAAUGCAUGUGAUGGGUACUUCCAACGGAGUGGCAUAUCAGAUGCUAUUUUAUGGAUCUGCAGUUCACGGUAAGCUCACUAGACUUGUGCAGUUUGUCUAAAUGGCACCUGCUUGCGCAGGAAGGCGGAUGACACAAUGGAAUGGCUGAAGCGAGAUUGCUAUAACCUGCGGCAAACAUAUUUAUGCAGUCAUCAGAUAAUUUGAGCUUCAACACUUCUCGUGAUGUAAUUAUUUCAGAUUGGUGGCUCUAAAACGAGUCAUGCUCAAUGCUGUUUAUAUUUGUCUUAUUCCAAAAAGAGGGGGAAAAAAAAAUCAACUGCCAGAUUUUGGACCAAGGAUCUUAGUCUAGGCUUUAGGUUAGAAUAGGAUUCCUUUUGAUUUCUAAGUACAGCUGUGUAUACUAUGGUUGGUUUGUCAAACAAAUAGUGAAUUAUUUGUCUUCAGUGAUUCUAACAAGAGUAUUGCUUGCUAAAA